AUGAGCGUUUCGAGUUCGCGGGCCCCUCAUUUACCAUUGCUUCUCAAGUGUUUGAAUGGAAAAGUUGUUAAUCCAGCCUUAAAAGCUUUUGCUUUUGCAUACAUCUACGUGGUGGCUCCGAAGAUAUUUUUCAAGGUACUCAAACUCGCAAAGAAACGGGAAUUGAGCAAGGGUCUACCGGCGGCAAUUGCAACGCUUCGGAAUGCUUUGAAGCCUUCCAAAUUCCCGGCACUAGCUGCGAAGCUUAUGCUCCAAAUCAAUGCUACAGAACCGUUGAUAUAUCUUUUUUUCAAGAGACUUGGCUAUCUUCACAAACCGCGCAGGCGCCUAUUUGUGAGCACUCUCGUUGCAGCAUUCCUUGCCGCACUCAUGCACUUUCCAAGCUUUCAGAACCCUGGCUCCAUUCAUGGACGUCAGAUCUCUCUUGAUUUGACCUUGUUGGUGGCAACUCGUGCGUUAGAUACUGUUGUAUCUUCUGCGCUUAGUCGGGCCGGUGGAAGUCGGUAUGCAUCGCUAGGAGAUGGAGCACUCUUCAUUGUAUCGAGUGCCCUUAUUAUGUACUCCUGGUUUUACCACCCGGAACGCCUCCCGCCUGCUUACCGGAACUGGAUCACAUCUGCUGCUUCCAUGGACGAUGAGUUCAUUUCUCUUCUCAGGGAUGUCAAGAAUAAGAAGGUUGCCUAUGGCGAAAAGGGGCCAGGGGAAUACCUCUUGAAAGACUUUUGCGAGCGGAACAACCAGCCAGCCGAGAAAGGCUCGCUUUAUUUAAAUCAGCCGUUAUCUUGUGAGUGCGUACAUGCAUUCCUGACCAAGAAUUGUGAGCUUCAUGCUCUCUGGCGCUUCGCCCGAGGCUUCACCUUUGCAAUCAAACUCUAUGGUAGUGUGAAUUUCGUGAUGCUUUUGCUCUCGAAAGAUAAGAAGAAUUUCGCACGUAAGCUUCUUCGUGCUUCUUUGAACGCCGCGCGGUCUUCGUGCUUUUUGGGCACCUUCAUAGCACUCUGUUGGUACGGGGUCUGUCUAGGCAGAAAUAGAAUACUUCCGCGCUUGUUUCCAAAGGUUCCUCGCACAAGAUGGGAUGACACCAUUGCUGCGGCCUGUGGCUGUGCUCUUUGUGGCUUCAGUUGUUUCAUAGAUACCCCACAACGGCGCAAGGAGUUGGCCUUGUUCGUUGCGCCGCGUGCCGUAGGAACUGUCAUAUCUUCAGAACCGACCCCACGAAACCUUUGGCUCGAAAGAGUCACGUUUGCCGUGAGCAUGGCGAUACUAGUAGCGUUCGCGAAAAAGGAGGCUUCGAGCGUCAGAGGUAUUUUCGGCAAGGGUCUUCAGAGUGUGUUGAGUCUUCAGAAUUUCAAUUGA